CGUACUUUCGAAGUUCUGAGCGCGAGGGAAACGGUUUAAACCUCUAAGCCUUAGGUGGGCGCGUUCAUCGCGAAAAUACAUGAAUUCGGUCGAUUGUUGAGUCGUAUUCAUAAGAGUGUGAAGCGAAUAGUGUUCUUCGUGUUCAUUCGCAGAGUAAGUUAAAAGGAUGGACGGCACCACCUGCCUCAAGUCCCUGCUGCUGUCUAUCAACCAGUACAAGAGCAGCAGAUCGGCAGCCAAUGCGGCGCAGCUGCAGAAGCUCAUCCAUGAUCUUUGUGGGAUGAAAGGCCCCAGGCUGCUGUCCCCUCAGCAGGUGCUGCCCAGCGAGUGCCUGAGUGGCCUGGUGGAGCUGGCUGGAGACCCCAACAUCGACCCUUGCCUCAGCAGCAUCAUCAUCUCCCUGCUGGCCCAGCUUGCUUCUGAUGAGGAGAUCAAAGUUGCUCUGAACAGCACCUACAAUCUCACAGGCACACUGGCGUCUGUCAUCCACAGCAAUAGUGCCACCCCAAGGGAAGGGGUGGUAUUGCAGUGCCUGCAGGUUCUGCAGAGCCUGACCUACAGCGCACGUGUCUCCCACUGCUUCACCCACAUGGAUGAGCUGCUUGCCUUCUUAGUGCAACACAUCCAGGCCCCUAAUGAUGACCUCACUGUUCCGUGCUUGGGCCUCAUGGCUAAUCUGUGUCGGUACAACGUGUCUGUCCAGACCCACAUCAAGUCUUUGAGUCACGUGAAGGUAUUCUACCGCACACUCAUCAACUUCCUGGCCCACAGCAGCCUUACGGUGGUGGUGUUUGCGCUGUCCGUACUGACCAGCCUGACGCUCAAUGAGGAGGUGGGCGAGAAGUUAUUCCAUGCCAGAAAUAUCCACCAGACCUUCCAGCUGAUCUUCAACAUCAUUGUGAACGGGGAUGGCACGCUGACAAGGAAGUAUGCAGUGGACCUCCUGGUGGACCUUGUGAAGAAUCCUAAAAUUGCAAAUUACCUCACUAGGUAUGAGCAUUUCUCACCCUGCCUGUCCCAGGUGCUUGGCCUUCUUCACAAUAAGGACCCCGACUCUGCGGCCAAGGUGCUGGAGCUGCUGUUGUCCCUGUGCUCAGUCCCAGGCCUGCGCACACUGCUCUGUCAGGCUGUUUUUCGGCCUGCAGGGGCUCGCCUGCGCCUUGGGUCUAAGAAGGAACCACAGGGCUGUGGGGGGGAGCCGGGAGUGGCACUGGUCCACUGGGUUAGUAUGCCACUAGAUGGGCCUGACAAAUGCUACCUGCAAGCUCUGCUUCUCCUGGAAGAACUCUUUGAGGAAACGAUAGACUCUGCCCUGUAUAGUUCAGCGCAGCCCUUCCUGGAUCUCCUACUCCCUGUGCUCCUGACUAUGCUGGAGGCUCCCGACUCGACAUGCAGUGAACGACUGCUGAAGAAGCACUGCUCACGUGUGGCUAGGGCUUUGGACCUGCUGCUCGUGCUGUGUACUGAAGAUUCCAUGCGGAUGCUGGUGGCUCAGGGACUGAGCGCUGCAGUGUGCCUGGCCCAGAUGGAGGCGCUGUUUUCUAGCGGACAAAUGGACGUGAGCUUCGGCUGUACUGUUGCUGACUCUGAACUGAGCCAGGUGGCUUCGGAAGUGAUUUUGAAGAUGCUGGACCUGAUGAGGCAUCUAAAGCAGCUGGUGUUGGACAUGGAAACAAGCUUCUACCGCAUCUUGCAGGACCAACGUGUGGUGGCCCCACUCUCACAGUCUCUGACAUCAGACCACAGAGAGCAUGUGCAAACUGCUCUCCGCAUCUUGUUUGAAGCUGCACCUCUCCCAGACUUUCCAGUGGUCCUCCUGGGCGAGAGCAUCACGGCCAACAAUGCCUACCGGCAGCGGGAGGCAGAGCUGUCUGCCAGCAGGCUCUCAGGGUUGGAGCCCCUCCCAGCCCCCAUGUUGAGCAGGAGCUGCCCCCCGCCAGCCCCAUCAUGUCAGUCUUCAGGUCCCUCGCAGGAUGCUAUCCACAGCCUUAUUGAGAAACUACAGAGCAGCAUGGAGUUGCAGGACCAUGUCAAGGAUUUGCGUGUGUCUGAAAUCAUGGAUGUCUACGAGCAGAAGAUCUCUGCGUUGGCGUCCAAGGAGGGCCGUUUGCAGGAUUUGCUGGAGGCUAAGGCCAUGGCGCUGUCACAAGCUGACCGGCUCAUUGCCCAGUACCGCUGCCAGCGUGCCCAGGCUGAGGCUGAGGCACGAAAACUGGCAUCAUUACUGAAGGAGGCGGAGCACAGGAAGGAAGAGCUACAGGUGGAGCUUAGCGGACAGGUACUAGAGGCAGAGCGGGCGCAGGCGGAUAUCCAGCAGCUGCUACAGCACAAUGCCCGGCUGCAGGCUGACUCACAGGACCACCAGGCCCUGAAGGCCUCCUACAAUGAGCUACUCAACAGGUUUAACGACAGUGAGCGGAUGUUGAAAGAGCUGCAGUCAGCCCACAUCAUCCUGACCAAGCAAGCAGAGGUCCUCAGAAAGCAGAAUGAAGGGCUAAAAGUGCAGCAGGACAGAGUUCUCUCUCAGCUGGCUGAGAAGGAGGAGCAGAUCAAACACCUGAACAGGAACAUUGAAGAAAAGGUUCAGGAGAUUUCAGGUCUGCAGGAAGAGGUCAGGAGCCAAGAAGAACGAGUCCGGCAGAUGGACAAGGAGAAAGAGGACAUGGAAGAGACCAUCGAUGUUCUGAGGAAAGAGUUGAACAAGACAGAACAGGCCAGGAAGGAAGCAAGCAUCCGGGCAUCUUCCCUGGAGCUGCAGAAAUCCCAGUUGGAGGCCAAGCUGCAGAAAAAGGAGGAGGAACUGAGCAAACACUCGCAGAUGAUCGCUAUGAUCCACAGCUUGAGCAGUGGCAAGCUGAAGAGCGACAGCCUCUCCCUGUGAGCCCAAUAUACUCGAGCCAUGUGAACGUGGUGUUUUUCUUUUUUGAGUGAACCCCCAAGAUUUUUAAAAAUGGGUUUGUGUUAUUCCUCAUGAGUCAAACAGGUGCCAUGCGGUCAUUAAUAUGAUAUUUAUGAUAUUUAUGUUCUUUCAAACUGAUUUUAAAAAGAACCUGUUGCUGAAACUAUCGACCUCCAUCUUUCACUCCUGUCUCUUUGUGUCUUUGAUUUGUUAUUUAAUAAAAAAG